AUGAUUUCCAACGAAAAAGAGCAAAUUCGAGAGGCGGAAAGCCUUCGGAAAACCGCUUUCUUCGGCGUGGCCAUCAGCACCGUCGCCACGCUGACUUGCAUUGUGGCCAUUCCGGCUCUCUACAACUAUAUGCAACACGUUCAAUCGUCGCUUCAAACCGAGGUGGAUUUCUGUAAACACCGCACAACCGGUUUGUACGCACAGUACGAGAAAAUGGCGGCAGUGAAGGGAGUGAAAAAUCUGGUGAAGAGACAAGCCGGAUACGAGAGUCCAGUGCAUGCACAGCCUGCUGCCUCAUACGGUGAUGCGGCUGUCGCCGACUCGUCCGCAUCCGCCGGUGCCUCUUGUUGCUCAUGUGGAGUUGGUGUCGCUGGACCACCUGGACCCCCGGGAGACGAUGGAAGUAAUGGAAAGGAUGGAGCUUCAGGAGACAAUGGACAAGACGGAGAGGACGCCGCUCCUGAUGCUCAGCCAACCGCUGAUGAUUUCUGCUUUGAUUGCCCAGCCGGCCCACCUGGAUCCGCCGGAAAUAGAGGGCCAAAGGGACCUGAUGGUCAACCCGGUGCUGAUGGCCAAACUGGCCCUGAUGGACAACCAGGACAAGACGGAGCUGCUGGACCCCGAGGACCACCCGGACACCCAGGACAAGCAGGACAAAAGGGACACUCGGGAAGACCGGGAGUCGUCAACACUGUCCCAGCCCCAGCCGGGCCACCUGGACCCGCUGGCCCCCGUGGACAGUCCGGACCCCAAGGCCCCGCUGGAGCCCCCGGACAGGCUGGACAAGAUGGUCCACAGGGCCCCGUCGGCGACAAUGGAAGAGACGGUCACAACGGUCAAUCCGGUCUCGAUGGCGCGCCAGGAUCGGCUGGAGAUCAAGGGCCAAAGGGUGGCUGCGAUCAUUGCCCACCCCCAAGAACCGCUCCCGGAUAC